AUCCUACAGGACUCACAGGACAAAGAACGUGACUGCCUUGAGACCGUGGAACUGCAGAUUGGACUUAGGGACUACGAUCCUGAGAAAUGCAAACGCUUUCAUGGAAGUGUACUCUUACAUCACCUGGCAGUUCCUCAGUUAAAGGUGUGUGUAAUUGGAGAUCUACAGCAUUGUUAUGAGGCAAAGGCCAUUGGAGUUGAUUGCUUGGAUGUGGAUGCCCUCAAGAAGCUGAACAAGGAUCAAAAGUUGGUAAGGAAGUUGGCCAAAUCGUACGAUACCUUCUUGGCCUCCGAGCCAAUAAUCAAGCUGAUCCCAAAGCUACUGGGUCCAGGUCUUACCAACGAGGGCAAGUUUCUCACUCCGCUGACGCACAAGGAGUCGAUGAGAUCCAAAAUCAAGAUACUUUCCACCAAGAAGCUACUCAUGAAGAAGAUGGCCUGUCUAUCCGUUAAUGUUGGGCAUGUCGGCAUGCACCCAGAGGAACUGACCCAAAACAUAAGCAUUUCCAUCAACUUUCUCGUUUCCCUGCUGAAGGGGAAUUGGCAGAAUGUCCGCUCACUUCAUAUUAAAUCAUCCUUGGGUGUACCUCAUCGUCUUUAUUAGAUGCCUUUUUAAAGAAAGCAAUAUGUGUAAAA